AUAAAGCCUUUCCACAACAAACCCUCUCAACAACUACAGCUGCUGUACUCUUUCACUCCACUAUCCCUCACUUUCAAAUUGAGAAACAAAAAGAAAAAAACACUUCCUCUCAGCUUUCUCUCGCUUUCCGCGAAAAUGUCAAAAUCCAACAAAAUCCGUCACAUUGUAAGAGUACAGCAAAUGUUGAAGCGGUGGCGCAGAAAGGCAAGACUAACCGCAUCAUCGCGAGGAGCAGCAGCGCCGGCUGAUGUACCGGCUGGACACGUGGCAGUAUGUGUAGGGGAGAGUUACAAAAGGUUUAUCGUACGUGCGACGUACCUUAACCAUCCUAUAUUCAAGAACCUCCUCGUACAAGCCGAAGAAGAGUACGGUUUUAAAAACAUCGGACCUUUAACUAUUCCUUGCGAUGAGUCUGUCUUUGAAGAGAUACUGCGUGUCGUUUCGUCGCGAUCUGAGUCUCUUCGGUUCUCUAAUGUUGAAGAGGUUCAGAGAUGCUGCCACGUGGAUAUCAUUAGGAGUCAUCUUGAAUUUUUGAGUGAAUCAAGGCCGUUGCUUCAUGGUUAGAUAUAGUGAAUCGUUUGACUCGAGUGAGUUCCCGUGUUGGAUUAACUAACUAUAUUCUUUUUUUUUUUAAUAUAGUUAUUUGUAUUAUUUUAGGUUUCUUUUUUUAGUUAGAGAAGCUAUAGCUUUUUUUUUUUUUCUUUUUCUUUAAUGGAGAUGGCAAGUUGGGUUGGGUUUUUCUUGGAACCGAGUCAUCCCGAGUUGAAGAUAAAGCAAGGGAGUGGAGAGAAGUAUUAUUUUAUCAUCUCUUGUAAAUUACGAGGCUAAUUUGUCAAAAGGAUAGUAAUGAUGAAGCUCUUAAUUUAUUAGAGUAUUUAAA